UGCCUCAACCGCCUCCACCAGCUCCCGCCGUCACGCCAGAGGCGAGCUCACGGGCGGAGCCGGCUCGGAGGCACAGGCACUGCACCCACGCCACGAGGCGAGCUUGGAGCCCCUCCAGGGAUUCCACACGCCGGGCAGUCUCCGCGGGGCCACCCGGGGCGGGCGGCGACCGCCGCGUACUGCUGAUUUGGUGGGCGGGGAGUCUAGGGAUGAGAGAUCUGGCCCCAGCGGCCGCGGCGAGAUGGUGACCGCGAGCGCGGGCUCGAGCCGGGGCGUCCCGGCGCGCGUCGCGGCGCGGGGCGGCGCCGGGUCCGGGAGCCCGCGCGCCUCUGCUGCCGCGACCGCCUUCGCGGCGCUGCGGCGCAGGUGGCGGUGGGCGCCCUCGGGCGCGUCGCUGGAGCGUGCAGCCCACGCGUUCCUCCUGGCCUCCGCGGCGCUGGUGCUCUCCUGCGCGCUCUACCUCUACGUCUUCCGCUACGUCGGCCGGGGAGGGCGCGCGGUCGACGCCGCGGGCUUCGUCGGGGACGCCGGCCUGGGCCUGGGCCUCGGCGCCGGCGGUGGGCGGUGCGACGUGUUCGACGGAACCUGGGUGCCCGACUACACCGGCCGCCACCCGCUCUACAACAGCUCCGAGUGCCCGUUCGCGGAGCGCGGGUUCGACUGCCUCGCCAACGGCCGGAACGACACGGGCUACCUGAAGUGGCGGUGGAAGCCGCGCCGGUGCGAGGUGCCGCGGUUCGCGGCCCGCGCCGCGCUGGAGCGGCUGCGCGGGAAGCGGGUGGUGUUCGUGGGGGACUCCAUGAGCCGCACGCAGUGGGAGUCCUUCAUCUGCAUGCUCAUGACCGCGGUGGACGACCCCAGGACCGUCUUCGAGGUGAACGGGAACGAGAUCACCAAGAUAAUACGGCACCUGGCGGUCAGGUUCUCGUCGCACAGCCUCACCGUGGAGUUCUUCCGUUCGGUGUUCCUCGUGCAGCAGCACCCUGCCCCGCGGCAUGCCCCAAAGAGGGUCAAAUCCACAUUGAGGUUGGACAGGAUGGAUAAUCUCAGCCGGAAGUGGCUGAAUUCAGACGUUCUGAUUUUCAACACCGGGCAUUGGUGGACACCGACCAAAUUGUUUGAUACGGGUUGCUAUUUUCAGGCCGGACGUUCACUUAAACUAGGUACAUCCAUUGAUGCUGGCUUCAGGAUGGCAUUGGAGACCUGGGCCUCGUGGGUAGAAAAAAGAGUUGAUCUAAACCGAACACAUGUCUUCUUUCGCACAUAUGAGCCAUCCCAUUGGGGGGACACGAGCCAAAAGGUAUGUGAGGUAACAGAACAGCCUUCAUCAGAGGCCAAAGGAAACGAUAAGAGUGAAUUUGGGGCUACACUUGCUGAUGUUGUGGCCAACAUGAAAGUUCCUAUAACAGUUCUAAAUGUAACUUUAAUGGGAGCGUUCAGAAGUGAUGCUCAUGUUGGCACUUGGAGUUAUCCUCCCACUGUACUUGAUUGCAGCCACUGGUGUCUGCCGGGAGUCCCUGAUGCUUGGAAUGAACUCGUAUUUUCUUACCUUUUGACAAAUGGUUGGCAAAACAUGGCAGGGUGAAUGCUGUGGCAGCAUACUCAAUCUUCUCCCACUUGUGUAUUGUGACAUUUGACAUUGUCACGUAUAGUAGAGGAUUAACAUACGUCCUGGACGAUGCAGCUGUAUCUGCUAGCUGGUCACUGGACUUCUACAUUCUUUUCUUCUUUGACUUGUAUACACAGUGACACAUUCUUGGAGAGAUGUACAGCUUGUAUCACUUCUUUUCGUUGCUAAGGAUUAGAAAGCAUUGACAUUCAACCUGUAUGUACUAACAGUUUCAUUUUUCUAUUAUCAAAAAUCAAAUUUGUGUUUCA